UCAGACACAAUGAGCCGUCAGUCGGUGGGGUACACGCAUGUUGGUUCGGCGACAUUGGCACAAUUUUAGCCCACUUUUAUCCACUUCUUUGCUUCUUUGAUGUACUUGACUAUUACGGCACCGCUUUAUGGGGUUUACAUGUGCGGCUCCGUCGAGUUUGAUGAAAACGAGGUCGGGAGCAGACUACAGUAGUUAGCCCCUCCUGCCUGGCUGAACCCCCCACCGCCUCAUUUAUUUUUGCUACUUUUGAACCAACAAUGUCGGUCACCGCGUCCUCCGACUACUUCGCCGCCGAGUGUUUGGUUUCUAUAUCGAGCGGCCCCGUUUUGCACAGACCCACCCCGGUGGCCCUCGUCGCCGCCAGCCAGGAGAGCAGCAGCACCGCCGCCGUGGUGGUGGGCCUCCCCCCAGGAGAGCACGAUGGCUCGAGUGAGGACCGAGAAGUGCGGGACACCCUGAGAUUGGAGGGGGCCAACAUGAUGACGGUGGCCGGUAUCCUCACCGACCUCCACGGCAAGUUCCGGCCCAUGUCGGCCUACUCUGAGAGCAGCAACUCUUCGUGCGGUGGGGAGAGCGGUUACACCACGUUGUCCGACCCCACCACCCCUACCAUGACCCCUUCCGCUACCCCGGUGCCCGGACAGCAACCGCCGAGGGCGGGCGCGGGGGCAGGAGGAGGAGGAGGCGUGGGGCCCCCUCGUUCCCCCGUGAAGAGACACCACUGCACUUUUGACGGAUGCGACAGAGUUUAUGGGAAAUCGUCCCACUUGAAAGCGCACAUCCGGACCCACACAGGCGAGAGGCCGUUCCCAUGCACCUGGCCCGACUGUGAAAAGAAGUUCGCCCGCUCAGACGAGCUGGCCCGCCACACCCGCACGCACACGGGAGAAAAACGCUUCCUGUGCCCGCUGUGUGACAAGCGCUUCAUGCGCAGCGACCAUCUGAUCAAGCACGCCCGGCGCCACCCCGACUUCCAGCCCGCCAUGUUGGGGCGCAACAAGGGCAUGUCCUCUCCCAGCAUGACUGUCCAACAUUAGAUGGUUCAGGUUACUCGGGGUUUUGGGGCAGGCGGUCACAAGGGGGUUUUAACCAGCUAGAAUUUGGUUCAUUGAGAAAAAAGUUCAGCAUUGCUAUGUUGUGCUUAAGAGGCGCACGUACAAAAAUCGACACACGGCUGGAUGUGAGGGGCAAGUAGCUAUGUGACCACAUUCCACCUGCAACUAUAAAAAGGGUUGGUAUUAUGGGCUGGUACUGAAAUUAAACCAGUUCCAAAUCCAUAACAGCGGAUUUCGAUGUGCUUUUCGAUUCCACUUAAUCGAUUCCUGGAAUAAGUUGCAUCUGUUGCACUUUGUUUUCAAAUCGCCACUUGCAGGCGAAUCAAAAGUGCGGUGUUAAAAUAUAAUGGAACAGCUGUUUUUUUAAAGGUGACGGAUGGAAGAGAAAUCCAGUCAAAUGUGAAGCUGCACAAUUCAUUUAAUUGUACUAUGUCAAAAAAGAUUUUCUAUUUCUAAUUUUGGGACACAAUAGGUCUGCUGGAAGGAUCACACCAGCAAAUAAUGGAAUUAUAUCUCGGGUGUAGACUUUGAGUACAAAAAAAAGCAACAUACUUUGUCGUUUGAAACAGACAUUCAUGGUAUGGUAAGAUUUACAGAAAAUAAAUGAUUUUUUUUGCUUUCAAACAAAAUUUGGGUUUCUUUUCUCAGGCGGGAUCUGAUGAUAGUUGGAAUCGAAAAAGCAGAUUUGAGUUGACCAAAUAAACCCAACCCUUAAGUAAUCUCAGACUUCCACAAUCUGCAGGGAUUUUUUUUCCUCCUUUUUCUUGUCAAAAUCUGCACAUCACAUAACAGCCAAAUCUCCUCUGUUAUCUAGUGGUUACUUUGUAAAUUGUUGCCAUACUCUACAGUAGCAUUUAUUUACUGUGGGUGGCACAAUAAUAUUGUGAUGGUAGCUUAGCAUGGCAGCAACUAGAAGAUUCUUUCUAUUCUUUCCAUGUUUUUGCAACUUUUAGUGGUGAUACAUUCCUUUUUUUUAAAUUGCAUUUAAAGCAUCAUCAAAGUUGUUUCCUUUUAUAUAAAAUUUAACCAUAGCUCAAAUACUACUUCGGACAUGAAGUGGCUCAAGCUUCACUGUUGAAGAGCUGUUUGCACGCUAUCCUUAAGCCGACGCCCUUUAGCACCCUGGGAACGCUGACACAUAAUACAUCUUAGUAUUAUGUCUAAUGGUGAUGCAAAUGUAUAUAAGCUUUAAGCUUUUGAAGUAGAAAAAGUAUAAUGCUACUAGCAGCAGAAUUAAUACAUGUGAUGUAGUCCUUAUAUUAGGGGUAACAGUAUGGGCUUGAUAGGAAGGCUUUGCAAGUGUGUGUUGGUGUGUACGCGAGUGUGCUUUUAUGUUUCAAGAUUAUUAUUUUUUUUUAGCAUAUAUAGCUAAUUUUGCUUUGUGAUUUUUGAUGCGCUAUCUUCAAAGUUAAAGCAUCAAGUCCAUAAGUGCUGUGAAACCAGAUAACAGAAUAUCCUUCAGGUUUGGGUGUUUUCCUCACACAGCAGCCUUAUAAAUAAAUAAGACUCUUGCCGUGCGGCGUUCAUGUGGUACUGCUGAGCUGUCUGGGACUAAGAACGGGUACAAAAUGUGAUUCAACUUUUUUGUUCAUAAAACGCUUAUUGUGAUAAGAAACUAAGGAGAUUGCGCUUAACCAUCAUUUUGAGAGCAAAUACCAAAUUCACUGGAGAAAUGCCCAUUUUCCAAAUGAAUCUGUUGAUUUUUGGUGACAUUCCGGCCCACCACUCAAGCCGUAAAAAGAAAGUCUGGACAGUGACAUAACGCGAACGCCAUAUUGUAACGCAGCUUGACAUAACGUCACUAUGCAAUGCAACACAAUUGACUUUUUUCAUUCAUUUCCAUGUUCAUAAGAGAUUAUCAUCAUGACCAGUGAGUGAACAUCGUAAAAAAUAGGCUACGAUGAUUAAAACAACCUCCCUCGGUUUUUUUAUUUUAAUUUUUACCAUGGCUGUCACAAGGAUGUGGGUGCAUUGGCAAUGGCACUCCCCUCUAAAAAAUAUACCACAUCAUAUAGAUAUGAUUUGAAACAAAAUACAUGCAUAUAAUGCUCUUAGAUUUGAAUAUGUAACAUGAAGAAAACCUUCGCAACUAAGCUGCAGUAACAUUAGUCAUGUUAUACAGAGGAUGAAGAAUAUAUGAGCUGCUGCACUGUUUGUGUUCAAAUAUUUGUUGCUUAAAGAGUCACAACUACUGCAACAUUUAUGAUAGUUUCGUUAUCCCGUCUAUGGAGUUUUGCAUAAUGUGUUAGCAUUAAGCUGGAGGACUUUGGUAAGACAAAAGUUAAUGUGGUUUGGUUCAAUACAUGUAAUUCUCAUGAUGCUACAUUUUGUUUAAUUAAUAUUUUAUUAAUAUAGGUUUUACCUCCCACAGGCGUCGUCUUUCUGUGUUUUUCAGGAAACGAUGCAUCUGCACACCUUGUCCGGGACAAAUGAAACAGCUUCAAGCCAGAUAACAAAAAUUACCAAAAAUCUACUGACAAAAAGCCAAAAACGUACCUAAUUUACCACAUGCCUGUACUGUAAAUGUAAAUGUAGCUGUGAUGGAGAUGCUGAUUGACAACAUGGCGUCCAUAAACCCAUGUGACAUGAUUUAACCAGUUAAGUGAUUUAAUCAGUUCAAAGAGUGUCCAAACUUUCUUUUCUACUGCUUUGUAUUGUCCUGCAUACAGACAUGCAUACAAACACAAGGAGAAAACAACCCGUCUGUUGUCGUCACUUGACCCCAAACCAACAGGGGGCAGCAUAAUUUGAUGGAGUUGAAAUGUCAAUAACUUCCUAGUAUUAGCUUGAGUGUAAAACUCAGUUUGACUCUUACUGGUUUCCAUUUGACCCACUUUGGGCAAAAAUGUUAACUCUGAAAAGUCUUCUGGUAGAUUACAGCAAUGCAAUGUUGUAAGACAACUUAUUGCAGGUAAUGUUUUUUGAAAUGGCUCCUUUUUUUAUUGAUGUGUUUGUAUAAAAUCAUUAGUUUGACAUCAAAAUGUUGACUUUGCUGGGAGGCAAAGUAAAACUUGAGGUAUAACUACUCACAAAAUGUUAGGGAUAUUAGCAUAAUUUCAGGAUGAACCUAAAAUCCUCUAUAACCUUUACAGGUGAACUUCCUUACUUUAAACCGUGAACAUUUCCAUGGGCGUCCACUUCUAUGCCUUUGUGUGACUCCUUCAGUCACUCUAAAAGCUUAGUGGCCACUGAGCUUACGGUGUCGUCAUUGGGUUGUGACAGAGAGACUGGAGGAGUCACAGAAAGGCAUAGAAGUGGUCGCCCUUGUAAGAGUAUUGGAACAGCAAGUUGUGCAUUGUAAAAUUUAGAGAAUGGAGAUGUUUGUGAGUAGUGUAUUUCAAACAAUUUCAAUGGCACCAAAAUGUAGCGUGUCACACGGCAACUCACUCACUCACUCACUCACUCACGCAUGCAUGCAUGAUGAAGUGAAGCAAACCAAACCUCAGUUUUUCCCAACACUGUUUGCCCAGCAUGGACCUAUUCCUUUAGCUCAACAAACACCUCUUCAGGAGACUCUGAAAGCCUUAAACUAUGUUAAAACUACUUUGCACCAUGUUUACAGUUUGAUCAUUCUCUAGGUAUAUAUACACUAUGUCCACUAUUUGGGCUCUUUAGACAUACUCCUUAUGCAAUAUGUCUUUUUGUUUAUCUUGCAGUUGUACUUGGUCAAAAAGGCGUCAGGGCAGUGUUACUAUGCGUCUUCAAGCAAACACUGUGGAACAUUUUCAAAAUUGUUGUUGCUGGGUUGUCAAACUGCCUUCAGUCUAAGUGCUUUUAGAAAGGGUAACGAAAUGUGAUUUGAUUUCCCAGACAGACCCGGAUUUGUUUUGACUGUUUCACCGCACGCGACAGAUGUCCUUGUUUUUCCUGCAACGACCAAUAGAGCAUCUUUAUACACGGGUCAAUAUCACUAUGGAGUGCCUUCGGUGUCCUCAUCAGAAUCACUUGAUCAUCGCAAAAAUGUAUCAGAAUAAUUAAAUUCUGAUGUCUUAUAUAAGUGGCUAAACAUUUGCACGUGUACCAGACUAAUGAUAACGGUAAAAUGUUUGCUUCAUUUUAUAUGAUUCCCCCCCAUUGGAGGAAAUUGAAUUUGGCAGGUCCCACACACUGCACUGCUAACUAGUGUGUGUAAAAAGUGAUUACAUAAUAGUAAAUCUACAACAUUUUUGCAUGGUUUUACUGAUGUUAUUUGAUAACAGGAGUCCUGUUGAUGAUGCAUAUUCUAUUCUCAUGAUCAUAUUGAGCAUUUUGUCAUUAUGGGGUAACUGGCCCUUUAGGAAACCCUCUGAUGUUUUCAGUGACAUCACGACCAGCAUUUUGUCUUCUUCACUGUAAGCUGAGACAGUGGCUAAUGGGUAAAUACUUAGUUAUGUUUGGUAAUUUUCCAUCAUUUUAUGUGUGUAGUUAGACAUGUUCAAGCUUAACAUGUCCACACUGUCAUAGUGAAAUAUCAAUUGAUAUACACACCUUUCAAAAAUUGAAAAUAUAUUUGUUAGUUGCUAUGUUAAGGUCCACUAUGUGCUUAUAAAAUGCUAACAUUCUCCAAAAAUGUCCACCCUGUUGUCGACCAACCUGUCCGCAAGACCACGUUGCUGUUUUUUGUGUUUUUUCUACCAGCAAAACAUAUACUCAGUACAAUAAAUAUGAAGUUAAGUGAAUGGAAAUUUUCAGACUUUAGGUGAAAUGAGGACAUCUCAAAGGCAUCUUAUGGUUAUAUUGACUCAAAUCGUCUCACUGUUCAUACCAAUGGGAAACUGUACUCAUUGUAGUAAAUGUGUUAAAAUUUGGUCAGCUUUUUUUUUUUUUCUUUAAUACCUGUUGAUUAGUUUUCAGUUGCUGCUGGCAGUGACUUUGGACUCACGGAAAGUUUAACAUGGAUUUACACAAACUACCUAUUUUUCCUCACCUCCUGGUGGAUGAACUCCUGUAAUUUUCCUCUCACACAAACAUGUGUCCUCACACAGACUCUCCAGGUUUUAAAGCUACAAUAAUGCAAUAAGAACAUACCUCAGUUUUUUUUCUGCUCUUUUUUUUCCUUGCAAAAUCCAUCCAACAUGCUUCUGUCAUUGAAACCUUAACAUCGCAGUUCUCGCACACUUCUCAUCAAUUUUUUGUUGACGUGAAGCGGUAAUGUCUUAACCGCAUGAAUUUUGCCCCACUUUAUAGAGUUUUUGAAAUGUUAAGCAAAACAUACUGGUAGGCUGUCAAUUCACUGCAGAUAUCAAUUGUGAAAGAGCUCAGCCCAAAUCUUGUUCACAUCACUGAAUGUAUUUUGUUGGAAGCAUUAUCCACUUUGGAUUAGUUUUUUUUAUGUGCUGACCCUCAGGGGAAUUAAAAAAAUAAAUAAAAGAGAUAAUUUCUCUAGCCACACACUAAUUGGGAUAUGCACAUUGUACAAAGAAGGAUUUUUUUCUUUUUUUUUAUGCCUAAUUUCUUUACAUUAAUGUAAUUAAAACAAAAAAAAAUCUGUUAUGAAAGCUUUAGUUAAGGACAAUAGGAGGAAUUGGUGGAACAAAAUAAUUGCUGCAACAAGCUGUUUUGAUAUUUAUAUUCUCAGGUUUGUUCAGUUUUCCGCAUUGGACUUUCUAGAUUUCCUGUGUGACACAAGCAUGUUUUAUUUCAUUUUAGCUGAUUAAUUUAUUACAAAGCGUAUCAUUUGUGUGGUUUGAUUCCUUUCAUAACUACUUUUGUGACAUGGAACAGUGCUAAUAUUUAAAAAAAGGGUUCCAUUGUUGGCUUGACAAAUGCUUUUCUUCCUUUUUUUUAUCAAUAAAAAGCCCUAAAUUUA